CGGACACCUUUUGGCAUUGCACAGUGCACACAGAAGAAAGCGAAACCAUUGUUUAUAAACACAAAGUUGGUGACAGCGACAGAAAUCACCGAGAGCAAGCGGUCUCUUUUCAAUGUUUGCUCCGCAGAGCAAGAUUGAGUAUGAAUGGAUGUUUUAAGCAUGUGACCUUAUAAGAGAGGUCAAAGGUGACAGCCAGCCAUGAUGGCUGAGGAAGCUGGUAAACUUCCUCUUCGACGCCUAGAGCCCCCCAUUCAGAAAUUCAUUAAAGUGGCAAUCCCCACUGAUUUGGAGAGGCUGGGUCAGCAUCAGCACAACAUAGAAAAGUUCCAGAGAAGCAAAGAGUGGGACAAACUGCACCGAGAGCACAUCAACUCCAGCCGCACUGUCCAGCAACUGCGAUCUAACCUACGGGAGAUGGAGAAGUUGUGUGGGCGUGUCUGCAGUGCUGAUGUUGCAGCUCUGGAGAAACUUGUUCAGCCAAUCAGAGAGCGAGCCUCAACUGCCAUUCAAGAGUUCUUUAGGAUUCACUUAGAUGCUGUCAAUAGGCCCUGCUUCCAGGAAACUAAUGGCAAAUGUUUACACACAGCCCCAAAUACAGCAUACAGUGAUGGUGAAACAGGUCCCCCUGGUCCCCCUGCUCAAAUACAGCUGCUUCUGCCUGAAAUCCCUUUAGAACAGAACGCUGCAGAGUCCUGGGAUUCUUUAGCAGAGGACCUGCUGGAGUUGAAUGGUUUAGUGAACGAGUUCUCCACUAUUGUUCAUUCUCAGCAGGAAAAGAUCGACAGCAUUGAGGCAAACGUUAGCAUAGCAGCCGCUAAUGUGGAGGAGGGGACCCAAAGCCUGGGGAAGGCAGCACGUUCGAAGCUGGCAGUUUUGCCGUUAGCGGCUGCUGUGGUAGGGGGAGUGCUGGGAGGGCCGCUGGGACUGUUAGCUGGGUUCAAAGUGGCAGGGGUGGCUGCCGCCGUUGGAGGCGGACUACUCGGUUUUGCCGGGGGCAACCUGAUCCAACGAAAAAGGAAAGAAAGAAUUGAGUUUCAGCUACAACAAAUUAACAGCAACAACAACAGUAAGAACGAUCAUGAACAUACUCAAUAACACACACAGACAAAAACAUAUUUGUUUUUGUAGACCUAAUACAGAGGAGUUGCAGGCUAUGAGAAAGCGGAGUCGUCGACCCACACACUUUACGAAAAUCACCAUGCGCUCAUCAGACAAACAUAAAACAAAAACAUUACAACCACAGUUGCAGAGUAACUCCUUCAUGCAGUGCAAAUUUCAGUCAUGUACAUGAGUGGCAACAUGCUUCACGAAGUGGACAUACUUUUUGUUCAUUAUAUUAAACCAUCUUAAUUCAUUGGCCAUCUCUAUGCCAAAGCUAAGAAAUGUGGAUUUCCAGAGAUAAAUUAUUAUAUAUAUUUUUUAAAUGUGAUAUGGCCCUGUUUUGCAAGGUUAUGUACAGCUUAAAUGGUAACUGGUAACUUUUAUUGUACAAUUCCAAUCAUAAACAUUUAGACUACAUCUAAGCUGUAUCUAUGAUGGAUUUCUGUUAUGAGUUAUGACUAGUUAUAAAUGA